GUGACGUCAUGAGGUGGUCCGUGCCCCCCCCCGCGUUGCCCGGCCCCCGCCCCCCCCGCCCCGCCCCCCGCGCCUGCUGAGGUUUCCGGCUCCUGCUUCUCCUCCUCGAAACACAGGCACCAUGAUGGGUCUGGUGGUGGGCGGGGCCACGGCCCAGCGGUUCAUCGGCUCCGUGGUGGACAAACAACACUCCAAGUCCAUGGGGCCGCACCCGCCCGGCGUCUUGACGGACAACGCCACCAUCGGCACCUUCCCCGGCAAGCACGACGGCGAUGGCUCCCGGCUGGACAGUUACAUCAUCAUCCUUGCCAUCGUCAGCACCAUCUUCCCCCUCAUCUGCCUCAUCCUCAGUCUCGUCAUAGCGAGGUCUUUGCAUGUGUGUAGGCGCCUCUGGGUGAAGUACCGAGGCGAGCGAUGUGCGACCGUCGAGAGGGAGGACACGGCGCAGACUUCCCUCAAGAGUCGGGACGGAGGUUCGCGCAAGUCAUCCCGCGCCUCCCGGGUGACCAAAGACCCCAACAGCCGCGACCAGCUCAUCCCCCAGACCCAACAGAGCGCCGCUACCCAAGACGCCAAUGACACCACAAGCCUUUAUCAGAGCAAGCUUUCCCUUGUGCCGCCCCCACCCUCGCCCCAGGCAGGUGUUUGACCCGUGUUGACCCUUGACCUCUACUGACCAGCUCAUGACCCCGCAGCUGUGUCGUGGUGGCGGUGUGGUAGGUGUCGGCGAGGCGCUAAGUCGCGUCUGGUCAGGUCAGGUCGGAGAGGGAGAUGGAGUCGCCCCUUUGAUGAGGUUUUCACGGCCGCUCAAAGAGUUUUAUUUGUGGCUUUCCGAGAGUCAAGAGCGGCUGUUAGUGAGGCGUGUUCAUCAGUUUGUACGCGAUGUUCCAGUUAGUACGCUUAUAUCAGGGAAAAUAACUCUGUACUCUUGCAAACUCAACCCUAAAAUAUCACAAGGCCCCGAGCGUCCCCGAGGAGGUGCCGGCAAUACGUUAUGCGAGGUGUCCAUCCACUGGCUCGUGCUGGCGUGGCAAGAGUUAUCGUGGUAAUCUGCCAUUCUUAACUUGUCUAUUCAGUCGUCCCUCAAAUAGUACGGUUACCAAUAGUUCGAUUUUGGUUUGAUGUGGAUUUUCAUAGAAGAUUUUUAAGGAUUUUUAAAUAUCCCAUUGAGCAGGAAAUUUAAAAAUCCUAAAAGAUCUUCCAUGACAAUCCGUAUAAAACUGAAACUGAACUAUUGGAAACUGUACUGUUUGAAGAACGACUGUAUUGCUUUUUUAUCUCACAGCGAAGGAAAAGUUAGAUUCUGCUUGUAGUGUUUUUUUAUCAGGAAUUGUGGUUUGAGAUGUAAUGGUUGCUUAAGAGCCUUUCUUCUGCUGUAUUUUAUCCAUGUAUCUUACGAAAAAGGAAUAGUUGGAAUAAAUUGCUUGUAAGUUAAGAGGUUCUAUAAAUAAGUGUCCUCUUGUUUUGUACAGGUGUGACUUGAGACAUUACGAUCAUCUAUAACCAAAUUCAAAACCUUGUUGCAGUUUAUCACAUUAUAGCUAAUAUAUAUAUGAGCCAACAGCAGUAUUCCCAGUUGUAAUAAUAACGUAACUCAGCCUUGCGGUACUAAAGAGCUUAACAGAGCUGAGGCAUAUUAGUUAACUACUGUCAAAAUAAGGAUUGUUUAUUUGCAUAAAUUUUGACAGUGGGUCACUUUUGUAUCUCAGCUCCACGAUAGUUUUUUCCCCUGAUACGAAUACUAAUUGGAAAGCUGCGUACAAGUUGGCAAACACCCUAUAAUACGAGAUCUGAAGGUCUUACUUAGUUCAUAGUGGAAUCUGAGUGCUUAUAACACCUUAAAGGGAGUCUUCACAAGUGGAGAAGAGGAUCGACACCCACACCACCCCCACCGCUUGCCGUGACACCCCUCCCCCUCGCCCCCCAUCACACAGACACACACUCAACCCCUUCCCUCCCCCUAACCUAACUUAACCUUCCCUCCCUCCCUACCCUUCGAUUCUAAAGCACCAGAUAAACUCACACACCAUCACAUCCUUCCAGCAUUCCACCUUUGUUUUAAAUGACACCUGUAUUGAUGUAACAUACAGUAAACAAAACACCUGAGUGGCAUAUUUGUGUACAUAGUAAACAGGACCUGCAGUUGUUAUUAUGAAGACAUCCUCGCCGCCGCGGAAAAGUGAGAGAUGGGAAGGAACUGUGUCUAUGGAGUUUUGUUUUGUUUCUAUGUAGAGAUGUGUGUCUGUGUGUGUGUGUGUGUGUGUGUGUGUGUGUGUGUGUGUGUGUGUGUGUGUGUGUGAAUCGUCCAUCUCGUCUUUCCCUCUUCUAUCCUCUUCUCUUUUAUCUCUUCUCCUCGCCGCCGCCAUGUCGCUCUGAUUAAUAAAAGGAAAACUGAGAGAUUUGGAGACAGUGAAUUUGUGGAGUUUUGUUUCUACCGUUGUUACACUUGUUAUACAUAUAUUUCCUUUAGUGAUGUGUGUGUCUGUGAAUCGUCACCUUAUUUUGUCUCUCCCUUUCCUCCUCUCCUGCCUUCUCUUCUCUUCUCGUCCACGCCACCUCGGUUUUAACAGGAAACGUCAAAGAUAUCGAUUAGUUUAUUUUCAAGGGUUUUUUGUUUUCGGAAUCGUUGUUUUUGUUUAUUUAGUGAGUCGUUUUAACUCUUAUUUCCUCUCCUUUCAUGUAUUUUUCCUUCUCUUUUCUUCUUUUCUGCCACGCCAGCGGAAAAUUCGUUCAAAGCUAUCUUGAUUUUUUUCAGUAUCAUUGUUUUUGUUUAUAUGGUGAGUCGCUCUACCUCCUAUCUCCCUCUUAUCUCAUUUUAUUUACUCCUAUC